GAUUCUAGGUGAACUCUGAACAAGUGAGUGACCAACAUAGUUCUCACUCACUGGUAGAGCUCUUCAUCCCAGUAUCCGACUUCCAGGGCUCCUCGGGCCCCGGGUUAUAUGACCCUUAAACCCUGCGGCCUCUAAAGGACUCUGAGGAGAACCUCCCCAGAGCCAGAGACCUUGAGGAGGCCCCAGAAGAGGCUCCCCCUCGAAGGGGCGUGGGCACGGCGAUGGGUGCUGCAAGACGUGUUGUAGCAUAAACAAGCACCAGUGUGGUCUUCACAGAGCAUAAAGAGGAGCAGAGCUUUCCACCAGUCGUGAAGAUGUGGUGACCCUUCAGCCACACGGCCGUGUAUCUCAGAGAGGAGACAAGCACAGCGUGAACCUCAGAACCACAGCAGUGGAGCCAUGGAAACGUCAUAAGAGCGUGGAGGGUUCAGAGCGUAACGAGCUGGUCUGCAGAACGCAUUAGCUGCCAGGGAUGAAGGCCAGAUCCUGACCCUGGUCUCCCGAUGGCUGUAGCGGGGCCCGGUUGGGCCCCUGUGGUGUGGGCCCUGGGCUGCUCCUGGCUCCUCGUCCUCCACGUCUCCUCCGCCGAGAAGCCCGCCAAACUGCCGCUGCUCGGCCGCAAGCCCUUCAUCUCCGCGUGGAACGCCCCCCUGGACGUGUGCGCCGGCAAGUACAACGUCAGCCCCGACAUCGAGCACCUCUUCCACAUCCAGGGCAGCCCCCGGCGCUCCCACACCGGCCAGAGCGUCACCAUCUUCUACGCCAACCGCCUGGGCCGCUACCCCUACUACACCGAGCAGGGCGCGGCCGUGCAGGGGGGCCUUCCGCAGAACUGCAGCCUGGACCUGCACCUCCUGCAGGCCCGGCGGGACAUCCUGCACUUCCUGCCCGCCGAGGACUUCCGGGGCCUGGCCGUCAUCGACUGGGAGUACUGGCGGCCCCAGUGGAGCCGCAACUGGCACCGCAAGGACGUGUACCGCCGGCGGUCGCGGGAGCUGGUGGCCGAGGAGUACGCCAACGCCACGGCGGAGCAGGUGGAGGAGCUGGCGCGGAAACGCUUUGAGAAACGGGCGCGGGCGUUCAUGCAGACGACGGUCCAGCUGGGGCUGAGCCUGCGGCCCCAGGCCCUGUGGGGCUUCUACCUCUACCCCGACUGCCACAACUACAACGUGCUGCAGGACGACUACGCGGGCCGCUGCCCGCUGCCCGAGAGGCAGCGCAACGACGAGCUGCAGUGGCUGUGGAACAGCAGCGCGGCGCUCUUCCCCUCCGUGGCCAUCAGGAAGAGCCAGAGCAACAGCAUGAGCAACCUCCACUUCUCCAACCACCGCAUCCGCGAGGCGCUGCGCGUGGCCGGCCUCACCUCCCGGGACUACGAGCUGCCCACCUACGUGUACCUGAGGCUGGGUUACCGCGACGACGCCCUCGCCUUCCUCACCAACAGAGACCUGAUCCACACCGUGGGGGAGAGCGCCGCCCUGGGGGCCGCAGGCUUUGUCAUCUGGGGCGACCUGAACCUCACCUCCUCCAAGUUCAACUGCUCCAAGGUGACCUCCUUCGUGAGCACGCGUCUGGGGCGCUACAUCGCCAACGUGACGCACGCCGCCCAGGUCUGCAGUGACUUCCUGUGUCAGAGCAACGGGCGCUGUGUGCGCCGCGACCCCCUGGCCCGCCACUACCUCCAUCUAAGCCCUCUCAGCUACGCCCUCCACCCCGCAGCCGGCGGGGGCUUCGUCGCCGCGGGCUCGCCGUCGUCACAUGACCAGGCGCUGCUCGCCAAGCGCUUCCGCUGCCACUGCUACCAGGGUAACGCCGGGGCCCGCUGCGACAGCCUGAACCUCCUGGAUGAGGGGGAGGAGAAGGAGGAGAGGAAGGGGGAGCAGGAGGUCACAGAGGAGGAGAGGCGGAGGUUGGACUGGGAGGCGGAGCAGUGCGAGGAGGAAAGCCUGGCCCCUCCCACAGGCAGCCAUCUUGGCUUGACUCUAUGGCUCCUCCUGGUUCACCUGGCGUUAGUCUGGAUAGCGCUGUGAGGCGUGACCACCUUGCAUGACAAGACAGAGACCUGGAACAAUCACUGUAGAGGAGCCACCGUGGAGAAACCUUUAGCAACAGACUCCAGAGACUGAGGGACUAACCAGAGACUGAGGGACUAACCAGAGACUGAGAGACUAACCAGAGACUGAGAGACUAACCAGAGACUGAGAGACUAACUAGAGACUGAGGGACUAACCAGAGACUGAGGGACUAACCAGAGACUGAGGGACUAACCAGAGACUGAGGGACUAACCAGAGACUGAGGGACUAACCAGAGACUGAGAGACUAACCAGAGACUGAGAGACUAACUAGAGACUGAGAGACUAACUAGAGACUAACCAGAGACUGAGAGACUAAUCAGAGACUGAGGGACUAACCAGAGACAGGGACUAACCAGAGACUGAGGGACUAACCAGAGACUGAGAGACUAACUAGAGACUAACCAGAGACUGAGAGACUAAUCAGAGACUGAGAGACUAACCAGAGACUGAGAGACUAACCAGAGACUGAGAGACUAACUAGAGACUAACCAGAGACUGAGCGACUAAUCAGAGACUGAGAGAUUAACCAGAGACUGAGGGACUAACCAGAGACUGAGGGACUAAACAGAGACUAACCAGAGACUGAGAGACUAACCAGAGACUGAGAGACUAAACAGAGACUAACCAGAGACUGAGAGACUAACCAGAGACUGAGAGACUAACUAGAGACUAACCAGAGACUGAGCGACUAAUCAGAGACUGAGAGAUUAACCCGAGACUGAGAGACUAAUUAGAGACUGAGAGACUAAACAGAAACUAACUGGAGACUGAGAGACUAACCAGAGACUGAGAGACUAACCAGAGACUGAGAGACUAACUAGAGACAGAGACUAAACAGAGACUAACCAGAGACUGAGAGACUAACAAGCGACUGAGAGACCAACCAGAGACUGAGAGACCAACCAGAGACUGAGACUAACCAGGGACGAACCAGAGACUGACAGACUUGAGAGGCUCAACAUGGACAGAUGGUUCAUAUCUGAGGUACCAGGGUGGUCUACAGCACUUGUUUUAUAUACUGCUGCUUUUAUGAGACAAUCUGAACAUCUAAGACAUUAGCAAAACUAUUCAACACAGAUUGAACGCAGAAAUCUUUCAAUGCCACCAAAUUAUGUCGUUUGUUUACCGAAUGUAUAAGUUCAUGAUAUUUAGUUGAUUAUAGUAGCACCAAAUGUUUAAAAACAGACAUUGUUUUAUAUAUGUCAUGGCUUUAUCCCAGUGUCAUCUUCCUUCAUAGUACUGGAGGCGUGGCGGACGUACGUGUGACCGCGCCACCUUAGUGUCAAUACUCACCCAAAGUCCUACCUCACCUGAGAACUGGAGUGACUGUGUGUUGUGAAACGCCCCCCGAGGGAGGAAGGGAGUGAGAACGAAUUUUUCUGUCUUCUGCUCUUUCCUGGGCUCUCUUUGUAACUCUCGAUCUUACCAGCUUCAACAACAUAGCAACCUUCCUAUAAUGAGCUACCCAUUAUUACCUACGCGAUGCAGUGCAGUACAAAGUUUGGAGAGCAGCUUUAGACCAGCGAGGUGGUAGACUUUAGACCAGUUAGUAGUCCAGUCCGGCUUCUCAAACAGAAGCAGCAUGGAGACGAGGCAACGGGUGGAAACGUGAAUGUCGAUGCACUACAAAUAAAGAAGUUUUAUAUUUUAA